AUGGGCUUCUUUGGCAUCUACAAGGAAGCCUGCAAACUCACAGCAGCAAACAAGACAAUCUUUUCACAAAUCACCUUAACCCUUCUCCUUCCUUCAGCCUUCUUUCUCUUGUCUGAAAUACGAUUCUCGACUUACUCAAAAAUAGAAACUCCAUGGAUCGAUAAUGGUUGGAGUAUAGGCCAAUACCUCUAUUACAUCUUCCUGUUCGUUUACAUUAUCUUGUCAACUUCUAGCAUCGUGUAUACCGUUGCUUGUUUCUAUACCUCCAGAGAUAUCACUUACAAGAAAGCUACUAGUGCAACUGGUAAGUUAUGGUGGGAUCUUAUAGUCACAUUCUUAUGGUGCUUCUUGUUCUUGGCUAUAUACACCUCUGUAACUUUCGGUUUGCUGUGGUUUUGGUUUUCCACCGAUAGAGAUGGGAUUAGAACUUUGAUAUUGAUAAUUUGUCUAUCUGUUCCUGCUUUCGCCGGAUUAACUUACAUAUUGGUUGUCUGUAACAUCGCAACCGUUGUUACGAUAUUAGAAAAAGAUCUUUAUGGUAGAAAGGCUUUGGCAAAGAGUACGAGGCUGAUCAAGGGUAAGAUUUGGGUUUCCUGUGCUGUUUUUAUGUUGCUUGGGAUCACAUUUGGUGGUAUAGUUUUCACUUACUGUUACCUGUCUUUGUAUGGAAGAAAAGAAAUUAGCAUGGUGGGUAGAGUGUUUGUGGCCAUUGGUUGCCAUUUUUUGAUGGCUAUUUGGUUUCAUAUCUUGUUCGUUGUUGACACUGUGGUGUACUUUGUCUGCAAAUCGGUCCAUAACGAAGAGAUAUCGACUGUUGCGACUCACUUAGAGGUCCCUGUUAUCCAUUUGGUUGUGCAAAUAAAAGACGUUCAUAUUCAGUUAGAGCAAGUACCAGCUUGA